CGUCCGAUAUGGAAGGGCCAAGAAGAAGGGUGGCAGACGACGGGCAGUAGAGGAAGCCAGGCUCGGAGUGGACAACGGAGGCCAGUGACAUCCACCGCUACGCCUGGAAACACCGAGCUUGACACACACACACCCCCACACACCGCUACACACACAAUGUCUGCAGACCAGGGCCCAGGAAGCGCCCUACACAGCAACAGCAACAGCCACAUGAACACAGACACAGACGCAGAGCUGACGCCGGCGCUGUCGUCGUCGGCGUCGUCGGUCGUGGCGGACCAGCGGGCAGCAUUGGACGUGAUCCGGGAGUUUCUCAAGUCGAAGACGUCCUUCGACGUGCUCCCGGUGUCGUACCGGCUCAUUGUGUUUGACACGUCGCUCUUGGUGAAGCGUGCGUUGAACGUGCUUCUGCAGAACUCGAUAGUGUCGGCGCCGCUCUGGAACUCAAAGACUUCGAAGUUCUCCGGGCUUCUCACGGCGUCGGACUUCCUGAACAUCGUGCACUACGCAAGCACCAGACCGGACCAGUCCACAAACUUGUCCGACACCUUGACGCUCGACGGCUUGGCCGACAUCGGCUCGAUGUCCGGCUCCUCGGCGCUCGACACCUGCUCUAUCCACCCGUCCCGCUCGCUAUACGACGCCUGCGUGGAGAUGAUUAACUCCUCCGCCCGCAGGAUACCGUUGAUCGACCGCGAUGAGGAGACGAUGCGGGAGAUCGUCGUGUCUGUGCUCACGCAGUACCGGAUAUUAAAGUUCGUCAGCAUGAAUUGCAGGGAAACACGCUUUCUCCUUGAGCCCUUGCGCAACUUGAGCAUCGGGCCCACGUCCAACCUCUGCCACGUGCGUCUCAGCACCCCCAUCGAGGACGUCAUUAACCUGCUCAUCACACACCACAUCAGCUCCGUGCCCAUUUUGGACGACGAUGACAAAUUGAUCAACGUCUACGAGGCCGUCGACCUUCUCCUUCUCGUAAAGGGCGGUGUCUACGCAGACCUUUCUUUGACUGUCGGUGAGGCCUUGUUGCGUCGCAGUGACGACUUCGAGGGCGUCUACACGUGUACCUUGGACGACUCCCUCUUUGUCGUCCUCGAGACCAUCCGCAAGAGCAGGUUGCACCGUUUGUUCGUCCUCGACAACGAUGGCAAGCUUCUUGGCGUCAUGACCUUGGGUGACAUCCUAAAGUACAUCCUCUUCAGCGGAUGAUCUCCCCUCCUUCCUUUCUAUAGCAUCGAUAGCAAAACAUGUACUGGGAAUACCCCCUCCGCUAACAGCCCUCUCUCUCUCGCCC